AUGACCACCACCCAGCGCACCCUGCCCACCACCCAGCCCUACUGGGACGCCGAGGACCAGCUCGUCAUCCCCGGCGGGCACCGCCUCACCCUGACGACGCGCGAGGCGGACGAGGAGUGCCGCGGCCUCGCCAAGAACAACCGGUCCGAGGUCAAGGUCGUCGGUAUCGGCGGAGGCGACUACCUCGUCGCGCGCUCCGUGGCCGAGGGCCAGGUCUUCGUCUGGCCCGAGGGCCGCGCCGGCCUGUCCAAGGGCAACACCCUCAUUGUUGGCACCGACGCGCUCACGCGUGAGGGGUACGCGACGGUCCGGGACGCGCGUGCCGCCGCCCGCGCCAACCUCCGUGCCGAGGAGCGGAUGGGUCGCAUUGCCGCUGCGGCCGUGCUCGCCGCCCUUGUUCCCCUCGUCGUCGUCAUCGCAGUUGCGGCGCGCCUCCUUCCCCCGCCGACGGGCAGCCUCGAGUUCCUGAUCCUCGUCCUUAGCGUGCUGGCCAUCGGCCCUGCCAUGAUCGUCUUCCUGUCCGCCGACAAGGACUCCGGCGACACCAUCUUCGACGAUCGCACAUGGGUCGAACCAAGGGACCUCAGCAGGGCCCUGGCAACUCCUCGCCCUGUGACUCCCGCGCUACCGCCGUCGCCGUCGCCCUCUCCCUCCCGCUCCCCGUCACCGUGCCCCUCCUCGCCGACCUCCCCCUCUCCAUCUUGGUCCAUCUCGUCGUCGGCCUCGCCCUCUUUCCCGUCUUCGCUCCCGUCUACCGCGUCCAGCCCACACCUCGGGGAUGCUGAACUUUCCCUGCUCGCCGCGAUGUGCAAGACCAUGGCCAAGCUCGCGGGUGUCAUCUCCAGGAACGAGCGCGAGCGCAAGGCCUUCGUGGACGCCCACAGCCGGCUGACCGACCGGGCGGCGAGGAAGGUCUUCUCCAAGCAACUCGCGGCCAAGGAUGCCGACUGGGACACCCCCCGCCUCCUCGUGGACCAGUACGAGCAGCUCGCGAGCAUGGUCAAGAGCGGGGUGUACACGGCCGUCGAGGGCAAGUCGCGCCUGUGGAGCUUGGACCUAAAGGCCAAGCAGCUCCUCGACAAGGACGAGCGACGGGCGGCGCAGGAACGACGCAGGGAGCUGCCCCAUCCACGGCAGCCGUCGCGAAUCCCCAGGCUGAAGUGA